AUAAUCAUAUAUGGUGUUGUGUAUGUAACUCAAAAAUGUGUAUACUUUUAGCUUUUGCUUUAGCCUUUAUGUGUGUAUAAAAGGAACACCACUCAUAUUCCAUAUCCAUGUAACAAACCACACUAAACAUUUUUCUUCACUCUAAUUCUCUCUUUGAUCUUUCAUUAGUCACUAAUUAACCACCAUGACUAAUGGUAGAUUAAAACAUCUAUUUACCAAUGCUAAACCAUACAUUUUAAUGAUUGGUCUUCAAUUUGGUAUGGCUGGUAAUUACAUCUUUGGCAAAGAAAUUCUAAAUCAUGGAAUGAGUCGUUUUGUGUUCAUUGUAUAUCGCAAUGCCAUGGCCGUGGUCGCUAUUGCCCCCUUUGCACUCUUUUUUGAAAGGAAAAGUAGACCCAAGAUGACACUCUCUAUCUUCUUACAGAUAAUGGUGCUGGGAUUUCUAGAGCCAGUUUUUAACCAAAGUUUCACUUACUUGGGGAUGAAGUAUACUUCGGCUUCAUUUACAUCUGCUAUUAUGAAUGCCGUGCCUUCUAUCACCUUUGUCAUUGCUGUCUUUGUCAGGUUGGAGCGUGUUAAAUUCAAGGAAAUUAGAAGUCAAGCCAAAGUGUUUGGAACAUUAGUAACCUUUGGUGGCGCUUUGCUAAUGGCAAUUUACAAAGGACCUGGUUUUAACAUUUUCCAUUCUGCAAGCACCACCCAAAAUCAAAAUGGAACUCAGGAAUCCUCUCAUAACCACCAAACUACUGGAGCUCUUUAUAUUCUAAUGGGUUGUGUUGCUUUAUCUGCUUUCUACAUUUUGCAGUCCGUAACAGUAAAAAAGUACCCGGCGGAGCUGUCAUUGGCAACCUUGAUAUGUCUGGCGGGAGGAGCACAGGCAACUGCAGUGGCCCUUGUGGCGGAGCGUCACUCACACGCUUGGGCCAUUGGUUUGGAUUACAGGCUCUAUGCUCCUCUUUACACGGGAGUAGUUAGUUCAGGAAUUGCAUACUAUGUUCAAGGGCUAGUGAUGCAAAUGAGAGGGCCAGUAUUUGCAACAGCCUUUAAUCCUCUUUGCAUGAUCAUUGUUGCUGGUUUGGGCUCCUUUAUAUUAGGAGAAAAUCUAUAUCUUGGAAGUAUCAUUGGAGCUGUUAUAAUAGCACUAGGCCUUUACACAGUUGUGUGGGGAAAAGCCAAAGAUUAUUCAAAAUCAGACCCCAAAUUAGCAUCAUCAGAGGAUACAAAGUCACUUCCAAUUACUUCAAUGGAUGAUCCCAAAAGUGAUAUUAAUUCUGUCAAUUUGGAAAAUCAACCACCAACAAAUGAUAGAUUAGAAGGGCUCAACAAAUUGGAGAAAGAAUCAGAGUUGUAUGUUACAACAGAGGUAUACUAAUCAUUGGAGAAAAAGGUCAUAAUUUGUGUCUAGUGAAAUCAGAAUGUGGCCAUGGAUUCUUAGCUUGGGGAAGUUUGUCAUAAACUUGAGUAGCAAGGCAUGUUGAAUUUGUAACAUAUGUAAAAUAUAAGACAGUGAGUGAGGAAUGUAUAUGCUCUUUGAUAUUCAUGUGAUCACUAUAAAAAAUGAAUUUUGUAAUAUGAACACUUUGGUUUGUUACCAAA